AUGGGAGCAAACUAGAGUCAACAAUAGGCGUAAUAGGAAAAGAAGAAACUCAGAAAACGAGAUUAUCUGAUGGGAUUGUGUAUGAGUCAAUUGGCAUCAAAAGAAUCAAAAGAGAGUUCAAAGCUAGGAAAAAGCCUAUCUGAAAGCAUGAAAUUAUAAAGUCAAGAUAUCCUGACAAAGAUGAGUGAGGAAGAGAUGCCUAAUUACCCCAUUAAAAUUCUACAGUAUUUCUUAAAUUUCUUGACAAUUCGAGAAUGCUUAUAACUUAAACUAGUGAACAAAAAACUAAAAUUCAUGGUAGAAAUGAGCAGCAGCAUCUACUCAAACUAUCUCACUUAAUUCUAUUUACGAAAGCUCCAGCUCCGAUGUUUUGUAGAAUAUGGAUUACAUUAGAGAUUUCUUUCCGUAUACCACUCUUAAUUGUUAUGUAUCGAAACCAACUAAGACGAAUCCUGGAUCAGGAUAUACCUAAGUUUCCAGAGAAGCAUACAAUAAAUGAGAAUCACAGAAAAUGAGAUCUAAAAGACCUUCAAAGUCAAUUAUCCACUGGUUGAUAGGAUCUUGGAAAUCUGUCAUAAUCCAGUUAUGCCCAUCCCUCUAUUGACAGAUGAUAUUCUCAAACAAUGCACAACCAGCUGGUUCCAAUUGGAGUUGGCCUAAAGAACCAAUGAUUAUACAAUUGUUGAGAAAGUUCCCUCACUUGAUGAAUUAACAGAAAAAAUUUAUUAGGACUGUUUGCAUAAAUUUGAUGUCACCAACAUGAAACACACCUAACUAUUAUUUGAAUUGAGAUGGGUUGUAAUCGAUAACUUCCUUAAGGAUCCCACCAUAUUAGAUUCUGAAAAUAUACCCCUAUUAUUGAGAUUCCUGCUCUAAAUAUUCAACUUCAUUUAUCAGAGGUGUCUAUUUAGUAGAAAUGUUUUGAUGAUUACUAAAAUGGAAAAAAAUCCAGCCAUGUUUCUCAAUAUGUACACUAUUUUAUGGGAAUCUUAUAUUGGCAUGAUGUGGGCCUUGAAUAGAGCCUUGAAGAAAAUAUUCAAUAAAAUCGACUUGCUAUUUGAGGUAUAUUUUACUACUUCUUUCCCUAAAGUCACAUUUACUAGUGCUCUUGCAAGAUUGUGGUCUUAGAUUGUUAUUAAAGGUACUAGAAGUUCCUAAGUGGAUCCCAUUGAGAAUGAAUUGUUUCUUUCAUAUGAAACCCUCUUGAAAUAAAAAAGAAUGAUCCUAUUAGGUUUCUUUAUGAAAGAUCAUUUCACAAAUGAACAGUAAGUCAUUGGUUAAAAAUUCAACGAUGACGAUUAUUUUAAAUACUGUUCAAGUGCUGUAAAUUACUUAUUAAAUAAAUUCACAUCCAAUAUUCUGGAUUUAUCAUUGCAUGAAUAAAGUAUCAAUUGGAUUGGCCAUUCAAAUGUUAAAGUGGGAUCUCUUUAUGGAAAUAUACUGAACAUUGCAAUCUCAUAAGCCAAUGAAUUCUAUUAAAAGGCAUCUGAACAGUUAUCCAAUGACUAUUAAGUGUUCAAAGAUUACAUCAUAGCCGAUUCCAAAUACAUGCAAGAAAUCCUGAAUCAAUGGACUGUACAAGUGUGUUUGUUACCCAAAGGAAUUGAGUAUCUGUAUGAUAAAGUGAAAAUCAAUCUCCGAUAACAUGUACUCUCUUGCUAAGACAUUGCAGACUAAACUAAUCAUAAUUUUGAGGAUAACAUUCUUGAAUCCAAAAUCAUAGGACGAAAUGUUCAAUCAUUACAAUUAAAUGAACCAGAUGAAAAUGCAUUUAAAAUGGAAAGAGAUGAUUAAUUUUUAGAAAAUCACAUUUGUGAAAUUUUAAGAGAAUAAAAUGCUUAAAACUAAUAAACCGUAUCUCAAAAUAUAUAAACAUAAAACCUCAGUCAUCCACAUCAAUCAGUCAUUAAGUAAGUUUCAUAUUAUCAAUAUCAAUCUGCCAAGUAAUAGAGUAUACUUGAAGUAGAUUACAAUAAAAUGAGAAUGCUAUCAACAUACACUUCAAGCACUAGAGUUAGCUAGAUAACUCAAUUAACCAGUGUGUAUAGUUAAUAGGUUAUGUCUUCUUACAAAUCCAAUUCGAACUUCAAUUAAAUCAAAGAAAUCAAAUCCAAAUUGGAGAAUAAUCAAUGGGCUAUGUAUCUAAAAGAGAUUUACAAUAUAGAGGUUGAUAAUAUGAUCAAAAUUGAGAAAAGGAAUAAUCAAAUUCAAAUGAGGAACGCAGUCAGAAACAUACCCUAGGAAUUAGAAGAACAAUUUAAUAACAAUGUGGAAUUCAUCAAAGUUUGGUCUCUUGAAGAUACCAUGUCCUUGUUUGAACCCAAAAAUACAAUGGAACAAUUACAAGACACCAACGAAGAACGAAACUUUAGUGAAAUGAAACUUGGUCAAGGAUUGCUCGCCUCUUAUUUCAUUUAACAUUAGAUAUGAAUAAUUGUAUUAUGUCUGAUUGUUGUCAUAAUUAAUUUAUUUAUUGAGUAUUUUAAUCAUUUUAUUAUCUGUUAUUGU